CAGGGGACCGAGCAGAGGAAAUGUGGGAGGAAAGGAAAAAAGAAAAAAAACCCCAUCCAGGCAUCUGAGUCAGCAGCGGCUCCAGUCUGCUGCUCCCCCCCUUUAACUUCCGUGGAUCGUCUUCAGCUCAGUCCAACACAAACUCAACACGUUUAUUUCUCAGUUAUGAGCUUGGAUGAGUUAAAGCCACAAGAAGAAGAAGAAGAAGAAGAAUCUUUGUGAGGAGAAACAGCGCACAGGAGAAGACAAGAGGAAACUUGCAGCGGACCAUCCUGACUCGUUGAGGUUGAAGCUUCAUGUCUGUCCGAGUUGCAGCCAUGAGUGUUCUUCCUCCUGUACGAAAGGACCGCAUCAUCGCUCAGCUCCCUCAGUAUUUCAGGAAAGAGGCCGCUCUGCACACUAAAGACGAUUUCAACAACAAAGUGAGGACUGCCUGUCAGGAGCAGCGCACGGGCACCGUGGGCAGAUUUAAAAUCUCUAAGGUCAUCGUGGUGGGUGACCUGGCUGUGGGGAAAACCUGUCUGAUUAAUAGAUUUUGCAAAGAUGCAUUCGAUAAGAACUACAAGGCAACGAUCGGCGUCGACUUUGAGAUGGAGCGCUUCGAGGUGCUUGGGGUUCCUUUCAGCCUCCAGCUGUGGGACACUGCAGGACAAGAGAGGUUCAAGUGCAUCGCCUCUACGUACUACAGAGGAGCUCAGGUUGUGAUCAUCGCGUUUGAUGUGAAUGAUGUGGCCUCUUUGGGCCAUGUAAGGCAGUGGCUCGAGGACGCCCUGAGAGAGAAUGACCCCACAGCUGUUGAGCUGUUCCUGGUGGGCACAAAGAAAGACCUGAGCUCUCCUGCUCAGUAUUCUCUGAUCGAACAAGACGCCAUCAAACUAGCACAGGAGAUCAGUGCGGAGUAUUGGGCUGUGUCGUCGCUGACAGGGGAGAACGUGAAGGAGUUUUUCUUUCGAGUUGCAUCUUUGGCUUUUGAGACCAACGUUCUCGCCGAGCUGGAGAAAAGUGGGCCGAGGCAAAUUGGCAACGUAGUCAGGAUUAACAGCACUUCAAACAGUCUGUACACUUCAUCGAAGAAGAAACAGUCAAACUGCUGUCAGUAAGGAUGGAGGCGAAGGUGGAGUCUGAGGGUUUUUCUCAGUGGAAAAAGACUGUGGCUGCUCUCCAGCUCAUGGGAGGGAGUUUCUGUGGUCAGAACAGGCGGAGGGAUGCUGGAGUUUUACUUCCUGACAUGUCUGAGUUCAGUUUUUCCUGGCCUAGAAAGAGUUUUCCUCUGUGGGAUGUGGAUUAUUGCGGUGUCUGAAGUUACAGGGUGACACAGCAAUUACAUAAAAAAACGACUGUUGGUACCGCAAAGAUGCCAAAGAAUGAAUGUGGAUGUUUUAACAUGAUGUAUGCGUGGAGGCUUACUUUACUUAGAGCUUGAGUUAAAUACGCUGUACUGCUGCUGUAGUUCCUUCACAAUAAUACUCUGCUGUUUUACUCUUUUUAUAAUAUUGUAGGUUCCCAACCUUAAGGAAGAAAAUCUAUCCUAAAAACAGAUUAGUGGAGAAAAUAAUCAGAAUAUUAUAAAACAAUAAUGUUAAUCAUCUCACACCUCCAGGUUGGGAACUGUUGUUUGUUUAUCCACAGUGUAUUCUGCUUCAUAGGUAUGUUUUGUUUUGUUUUUUCUUUUUGUUUACAGUCAAAUCAGUGAAACUGAAAUCACGUGUACGAAUAUUUUCUUUAAUAUUUCUUUUCUUCAAAA